AUGCAUUUGUCAAGAACAGGAAGCAUAGUGUCUCUACCACCUGGAACUCUAUAUCCUGUCUAUAACAAAUUGAGCAAUGAGGAUGAAUCUGACCUCUGUGAAUUAAGACAGGCCAUCUCCCAGAGCUAUUAUGGAGCACAAUAUUGGUGGGUGUCUACAAACAGCUGUGCAGCUAGCAGCAGCUCUGAGUGUUCCUGUGGCCGCAACCAUUUCACCUGUGCUGUUAGUGCCUUUGGGGAAUGCACUUGUAUCCCUGCUCAGUGGCAGUGUGAUGGUGACAACGACUGUGGGGACCAUAGUGAUGAAGAUGGUUGCAUGCUGCCUACUUGCUCAUCCUUGGAUUUUCACUGCGACAAUGGCAAAUGUAUCCGUCGUUCAUGGGUCUGUGAUGGAGACAAUGAUUGCGAGGAUGACUCUGAUGAGCAGGACUGCCGUAUGUUAAAUGCAGACUCGUUUUGUGGGAGCAGACAGAAUGCCACUGGUGGAUCUGUAGUCAGCAUUUGUAGAUGGUUAAGCAGCAGAGUAGCUUUGAGAACAGAUGGUGUAUCAUAGAAGAUUAUGCAGUUAUGUAGGUUUUGCUCUAACUUCAGUAAUUUAGAUAUUGUGGUCUUCCCUGAUGUACUACAAAACAUGACUUUUGUUAGGUGGGACACACUUCUUCAAACACUUUAAAGCUGUCCUCUUGUGCUGCCUUUUCCUGAUUGGUGAGUUCCAACCACAGGUGUGUUUCUCUUAUCAAAAGAUGCUUUGA